AUGUCGGCACUAAGCGGUAACGGCCUGCCCGAGGGCGAAAACCUCUACCACGUCGUCUUCACCACAUCGCAUAUCUCCAAAGAUGUCAACGGCGAGGUCGAAAGGGUCCGAGUCUGCGGCACAUACACGACCCUGCCGGCUGCCAAAGCAGCAGCCCACCGAACGCUGUUCGAAGCCGGCUACGAGAAGGAAAUGUUCGACGAAUAUGAAACCAGCCAGGAACAAUUCAUCCGCCACCACGUCAAGAGACGGACCGGCCUUUGCGUGCUGGCCAAGUCAGCCGACGGUACCGUCUUCCGCGUCAGUGUGGCCACAACCCCGAACUCCCUGAACCUGAAGGGCGGCAAGGAUGACCACAAGAUCCACCAGGACCUGUACCAUGUGGUCCAGACGAAUGUGCUGUAUACGGAAGACGACACCGGUGCAGCUCGGGAGACGAACGUCGAGGGCACCUUCACCACGUACGAAGAGGCCAGGAAAUACGCGUCUCAAGUUCUCUUGGCCCCGGAGGACGGCGUGACAAAAGAAUCUUUCGAAGAAUAUGACGAAGCCGGUCCAGAUGAGAAAGAUUGCGGAUUUGGCGAGAACGUCGUGGUGCAUGCCGUCGGUCAAAAUGGCGAGAACUAUCUGGUCAGUGUGCUGAGAGGACAGGAGAUGGAGUCGGUGAGGUUGGCAGAGGCGGCCGUGAGGAUUCGGGCUGCUUAA